AUGACCGAUAACAUACAUGUUGCCAGCGAUUUAGCAAAAAAUCAACUUUAUUCGGAUGUUGCACCCGAAGAUCUAAAAUGGACUUUAGCCUCUGGCUCUUCCACCGAAACUCAAACCUUUUAUUUGUCAACUAAAGAAGGACAUUUUGCUUUUGUUCAAAUGAUUCAUUCAAACAUCGGAUUAUGGUAUCCUACAAUUCAAUUCACAGCAAGAUUUUUUGGUGAAGGAAUCAAUACCUUUAAGUCAGUUAACAUGUCUAAUUUUAAACUUUCAGAAGAUAGAUGUUCGGCAUCAGCAGAUAAUAUGUCAAUUGAACUUAAUCCAGAACACAAUAAAUAUAAAGUGAGCUUGCAACAUGAACAAGAAUUGAUAGUUUCAUUCGAGUUUGAACGUGUGGAUCGAGGAUAUAAAAUUGGCGAAGGUAAAACUUAUUUUGGAGUAGAUAGAUCAUCAGGAUUUGUGGAACAUAAGUUUUGGCCAAAAGGUAUUGUCAAUGGAACAUUUGUGGUAGAUGGAAGAAAAUUCGAUGUAUCUGGGACAGGAUUAUUUGUUCAUGCAAUCCAAGGAAUGAGACCUCAUCUCAUUGCUUCCAAAUGGAAUUUUAUUAAUUUCCAAUCGGACAUUUCUUCAUUAUCAAUGUGUGAAUUUGAGGCAACACCUUACUAUGGUGGUGUGAAGGUUAAUCAAGGCGACCCUCCUAAUUCAAAAAGUGUUGAAGUUUGCAGAAAAAAUAAUGUGGCUAUUGAUCAUAGAGCCAGAAAAAUUUCAAAAAAAGAUUUUGAUGAGUUUGAUUAUGUUUUGUGUAUGGAUGAUGCUAAUUUACUUGAUGCAAACCGUAUUAAACCUGAAGCUUCAAAAUCGAUUGUCAAAUUAUUUGGUGACUAUGAUCCACAAGGUGAAAAAAUUAUUAGAGAUCCAUAUUAUGGUGGGAUUAAAGGUUUCGAAGUAAAUUUUGACCAAGUUACAAGAUGUUCUGAGGGAUUCCUGAAAAGUCUGGGUUUAUGA